GGAGAUAACUCUACUGAGUGUGUGAAUCAGGAGGAACUGGCUGCUGUUAAGGCAGAGGUGGAUCAGCUAAACUCACAGCUACACUACUGGCAGAAUGCGACUGUCAACAUUCUCAAGGACCACUGCUCCUCCAUUAAUACAGGUCCAGCUCGUGAGUGUGGAAGUGAAGUGACUGGAGACACUGUUCUGAUGUCCAUUGUGUUCAACAUCACACAGACACAAUGUCAAGACACAGUUGGAACCUUCCGAAACCCAGCAGACAGCUGUGACCAAAUUCUCCUUGACAAUCCUGGAACAACCUCAGGUUACUACUGGCUGCUGAGCCCCACAGGCCGUGUAGUGCAGGUGUUCUGUGAUAUGGAGAGGGUGUGUGGGUGUGACGAGGGGGGAGGAGGGUGGACGAGAGUGGCCGAUAUCAACAUGACUAGACCCAAUGAGAACUGUCCAGCAGGG